AUGAGCACAGGCGAUGGCGUCGCGUCCUCGGGUCCCGGCGUCGACAGCGGGGCCCGUGUCACCUCGCUCAGCUACCCGGCGACCCAGCCGAGUGGUACGGCGAGUGUCACCGCGCCACAAGACAAUAUGGGCUCCACCAAGGCGGUAGCACCUGCUGGAGGUGCUGCUCCAGGAGCUGGUGGUACCUCCAUAACUCCUGCGGCGCCUAAAAGACCCGCCCGACGGGGUGGCAAACCACCGCCUGAUCGACCUGUUCGAGCACCUUUUGAAUGGCUCAUCUUGAUAACGAUAUUUGCGAAUUGCGUAGCGUUAGCAGUUUACACUCCUUAUCCAUGCGGGGAUUCCAAUUCAACGAAUAUGUUCUUGGAAAAAGUGGAAUAUGUGUUUCUUGUAAUUUUUACAGCUGAAUGUGUUAUGAAGAUUAUUGCAUACGGUUUUGCAUUGCACCAAGGAUCUUAUCUUCGUAAUGGAUGGAAUAUGUUGGAUUUUACAAUUGUUGUCAUCGGUAUGAUCAGUACGGUAUUGCAACACCUGAUGAAAGAAGGAUUUGACGUAAAAGCCUUGAGGGCUUUUCGAGUCUUGCGACCACUUCGGCUGGUUUCCGGAGUUCCAAGUCUUCAAGUUGUUCUCAAUUCUAUUCUGAGGGCUAUGAUACCGUUGUUACACAUCGCGUUGCUGGUACUCUUUGUUAUCAUAAUCUACGCUAUUAUCGGACUCGAGCUUUUCUCGGGGAAAAUGCACAAAACAUGUAGAAGUAAUAUUACAGAUAAAAUUAUGGAAAAUCCGCAUCCCUGUGGAGAAAGUGGAUUUCAAUGUAGUAGUUUAGGUCCAGAAUACUUCUGCAGUCGUCAAUACUGGGAAGGACCGAACGAUGGUAUUACAAACUUCGAUAAUUUUGGCCUGGCUAUGUUGACUGUCUUCCAGUGUAUCACUCUUGAAGGAUGGACUGAUGUUUUAUACGACAUUGAAGAUGCUAUGGGAAGCACAUGGCAAUGGUUGUACUUUAUCUCAAUGGUUAUUCUCGGAGCUUUUUUUGUUAUGAAUCUAAUUCUCGGAGUAUUAUCCGGAGAAUUUUCUAAAGAGAGAGAAAAGGCUAAAUCACGAGGAGACUUUCAAAAGCUGAGAGAGAAACAGCAAAUUGAAGAUGACCUUCGGGGAUAUUUAGAUUGGAUAACUCAAGCGGAAGAUAUUGAACCGGAAGCUGAUGAAAUGCCACAAACACAGGAUGGCAAACAGAAACAGCAAAAUGAAAUGGAGAGUACCGAUAGACUGGAGGGUGAUGAAGAAGGGGUUCAACAGGAAUCGGUGUGGAAACGCAAGCGACGAGACUUUGAUAGAGUGAACAGGCGUAUGAGAAGAGCGUGCCGUAAAGCUGUUAAAUCUCAAGUCUUUUACUGGUUAAUCAUAGUAUUGGUAUUUUUAAACACCGGUGUAUUGGCUACUGAACAUUACAGACAACCAGACUGGCUUGAUCAAUUUCAAGAGGUCACAAAUAUGUUUUUUAUUGGCCUCUUCAGUAUGGAAAUGAUGCUGAAAAUGUAUAGUUUGGGAUUUCAAGGUUACUUUGUCUCACUUUUCAAUCGUUUUGAUUGCUUUGUCGUGGUGGGUUCCAUCAGUGAAAUGGUUCUAACACGCACAGAAGUAAUGCCACCCUUGGGAGUUUCAGUCCUUCGUUGUGUUAGGCUUUUAAGAGUGUUUAAAGUAACUAAAUACUGGAGGUCUUUAUCAAAUCUCGUGGCUUCCUUGUUAAAUUCAAUCCAGUCAAUUGCUUCCCUGUUGCUUUUGCUCUUCCUUUUCAUCGUUAUAUUUGCUCUUUUAGGCAUGCAGGUUUUUGGAGGUAAAUUUAACUAUGAUGAUUUGCAAGACAAACCUCGCAGUAACUUUGAUAGCUUCUGGCAAAGUUUACUGACAGUAUUUCAAAUAUUAACGGGUGAAGAUUGGAAUGCAGUUAUGUAUGUGGGUAUAAUGGCAUACGGCGGGGUCGCCAACAUUCUUCUGAACGUCUUCUUGGCCAUUGCCGUGGAUAAUCUCGCGGACGCAGAAUCGUUAACUGCCAUUGAAAAAGAAGCUGAAGAAGAAGCAGAAAAAAAUAAAUCUCGAAGUGGUUCUUUGGCACACGAUGAACUAAUUGGCCCAGAUGACGGUGGUGAUUUAACUGGUGGAGAAGAGGAAGAAGAAGGAGGCGGAACCGACUUAGAGCAUGAUCCUAAUGAAACAAUGGAUGAUUAUGAAGCGGCGUUAGAUACUGAGGGAUCCAAAGACGAGGAAGACAGCGAUCGUCGGGGAAAAAUACGGAUAACUAUUGAAUCAGAUGAUGAGAAUUUUGAGCACGGUGAAGAAGAAGAAGAAGAAGAAGAAGAAGAAGAUGAUCAUACUGAAAUGGAUGAUGGCGGAAUGGGAGGAGAAGAAAUAUCAGCGAGACCGCGUAGAAUGUCAGAAUACAAAAUGACUAAUGAGAAGCCGCCGAUACCUGAAGGUUCAUCAUUUUUUUUAUUCUCACAAAAAAGCAGAUUUCGAAUAUUCUGCCAUUGGUUCUGCAACCACAGCUGGUUUGGUAAUGUCAUACUCAUGUGUAUUUUGAUAUCAUCUGGGAUGCUUGCUGCCGAAGAUCCCCUCAACGCUCAAUCAGACCGCAACAACAUUUUAAAUUACUUCGACUACUUUUUCACAUCAGUAUUCACGUUCGAGAUAUGCCUGAAGAUGAUAUCCUACGGAUUCGUGUUACACGAUGGAGCGUUCUGCCGUUCGGCUUUUAAUCUUCUAGAUCUUUUGGUAGUCUGCGUUUCUCUUAUUUCGAUGGCCUGGAGAUCCGGUGCAAUAUCAUUUAUUAAAAUUCUACGAGUUCUUCGUGUCCUCAGGCCGCUGCGUGCGAUCAAUCGAGCCAAAGGCCUCAAGGGUAAAUUCUUUUCGUGCAAUGACGAAUCAAAGAUAACUGAGGAAGAGUGUCAGGGAACUUAUUUAGUCUUUGAUGAGGGGAACAUAAAUCAACCGGUUAUGAAGGAAAGGGCAUGGAAAAGGAAUCGAUUUCACUUUGACGAUGUUGCCAAAGCAAUGCUGACUCUUUUUACCGUAUCAACAUUCGAGGGUUGGCCAAGCCUUUUGUACGUAUCUAUUGACUCAAAUCGUGAAAACUAUGGACCAAUUCAUAAUUAUCGACCGAUCGUAGCAGCUUAUUACAUUAUUUACAUAAUCAUUAUUGCAUUCUUCAUGGUCAACAUAUUCGUCGGUUUCGUUAUUGUUACAUUUCAAAAUGAAGGUGAACAAGAGUACAAAAAUUGCGAACUUGAUAAAAAUCAACGUAAUUGCAUCGAAUUUGCUCUUAAAGCAAAACCAGUGAGACGUUACAUACCAAAACACCGGAUACAAUACAAAGUUUGGUGGUUUGUUACGUCACAACCUUUUGAAUAUACUAUUUUUACUUUGAUUAUUAUAAAUACAAUAACGUUGGCGAUGAAAUUUUACAACCAGCCAGACCCUUAUACUCAUGCCCUUGACGUUUUGAAUAUGAUAUUUACUGCUGUUUUUGCACUUGAAUUUGUUUUCAAGCUUGCCGCAUUUCGUUUUAAGAAUUAUUUUGGUGAUGCGUGGAAUGUUUUUGAUUUUAUUAUCGUAUUAGGAAGUUUUAUCGACAUAGUAUACUCCGAAGUAAACCCUGGUUCAAACAUUAUAUCCAUUAAUUUCUUUCGACUGUUUCGUGUGAUGCGACUGGUUAAACUACUAAGUCGUGGCGAGGGUAUACGAACACUUUUAUGGACAUUUAUUAAAUCCUUCCAAGCGUUGCCUUAUGUCGCACUUCUCAUCGUCAUGUUAUUCUUCAUCUACGCUGUGAUAGGAAUGCAGGUCUUUGGAAAAAUAGCGCUUGACAACGAGACCACGAUUUAUCGUAACAAUAAUUUCCAAACAUUUCCUCAGGCUGUAUUGAUUUUAUUCCGAUCAGCUACUGGUGAAUCAUGGCAAAAUAUAAUGCUUGAUUGUUCAAAUCGUCCUGGAGAAGUAAAAUGUGAUCCGAAAAGUGAUGAGCGUACUUCAAAUGGAUGCGGCAAUGAUAUUGCUUUUCCAUACUUUAUAUCGUUUUAUGUACUCUGUUCAUUUUUAAUUAUCAAUUUAUUUGUCGCCGUUAUUAUGGACAAUUUUGAUUACUUGACGAGAGAUUGGUCUAUUCUGGGUCCACAUCAUUUAGAUGAAUUUAUUCGUCUGUGGUCUGAAUACGACCCAGAUGCAAAAGGUCGCAUCAAACAUCUCGAUGUAGUACAAUUAUUGCGGAAGAUAUCACCCCCGCUUGGGUUUGGAAAACUGUGUCCUCAUCGUGUCGCUUGCAAGAGAUUGGUGUCAAUGAAUAUGCCGUUGAAUAGCGAUGGUACGGUUCUCUUUAAUGCGACAUUGUUUGCCGUGGUGAGAACAUCAUUGAGAAUUAAAACAGAAGGUAAUAUUGAUGAAGCAAAUGCUUCGCUUCGAGCUGUUAUUAAAAAGAUAUGGAAACGAACCAACCCCAAGUUAUUGGAUCAAGUUGUACCACCACCUGGAGUUGAUGAUGAAGUGACAGUGGGUAAAUUUUACGCGACCUUCCUCAUACAAGACUAUUUCCGUCGUUUUAAAAAACGUAAAGAACAAGAAAUGAAAGAGGGUGAUAAGGAUUGUCAUAAUACUGCGACACUUCAAGCUGGUUUGAGGACGUUACAUGAAGCUGGUCCGGAAUUAAAACGUGCGAUCUCGGGUAAUCUUGAAGAAUUACUUGAUGAUAAUCCAGAACCAACACACAGAAGAAAUCAUUCGCUUUUCGGCAGCGUUUGGUCGAGUAUGCGAAGAGGCCAUCACAGUUUCCGCGCUAAAUCAUUAAAAACAAAUUCAAAUAACGCUCCAAAGAUUUCCCCAACGAAUUCGAUCGAUUUCGUACCGUACGCCUCACUUCAACGAGCUGGUGGAGCGGAUGGCAAUCAAAUCACGGCAAGGUCGCACCAGGUUGUGCCAAACGUCGCUAGUGUAAUUAGUGACUCUGGCAACACUCAGGCUGCCCCAGAGCCAAGAAUAGUUGGAUUUGAGGAGAACAUACCAAUGAGGCCUCUUGCAAUGUUCUCAAACACCGGAAUGCAGCCGGCUAACUUUCAGAAUCCCUACAAAGUAUUGGAUCUCGAAGACGGGAUCGAGCACCAGCUGACGCCACCGACACCGCCUCCGCGAAGGAAUCUUCCUAGCAGUGGAGCAACCAUCAGCUUUGCAACAUCAACGGAAACCAAGGGUGACUCUAGUACCACCACAACCAGUCAAACAAUCUCACCGAGUCCAAGUCCCAGUCCAAUUACAUGGAACAAUGAAAGCAACGGAGGCGUUGGAUCUGAACGUCUAUCGCACAGUUUACCUGGUAGUCCUGCUGAUCGUAAGCCCAACUUCGAGAUACACAUCCCGAGAAAUGCAAGAGGCACUUGA